CAACGUUUAUGUAUCGCCGAGGACUUCGUGUUCGUCCCAAGUCUAAGGAAGAGGUGCUCCAAGUAUUACUCGCACUAAGCAAGGAAAUGUGAGGCUGCCAAUGGGCAUGGGCUCAACGCGCGAUAACUUGGUCACUCGCCCGUCUGUCAGCAGCACAACUACCGAUAUUUCGGGUCCACCAGGUAAAGGGUGUGAGGUCAACAGAUGGAAUCCGGCAGCCGUCGGUACUGGAACGGACGAGAGAAGGAUCCUUUCAGACACACUCGAGAAGCGAGCGACUCGGUGGAGGACCUGAAGCCACGGCCGCGGCACAGCACAGCACAGGACGGUCGAUCAACUAAAUCGAACGAUGUCCAAGGUAGUCAAGACAAGGGGGGGUGGACAGGGGGAGCAUCGAGGCAAGGAGGAUCGGUCGAGGCAAUGGUACUCGUAAUAUGUCAACGGCAGAUACUAUGGACAGGCGUUGGUUGUUCUGGUUUUGAGAUGAGUCGGCUACCUAUCAACCCGACUCACCGGGACAUCAAGCUUAUUAUAUAUGCCAGGCGCAUCUGCGAGUCAAAAGCAAAAAAGACUGGGUCAAGCGUGUCUCUCGCCUGCUCUCUCUUCAAGCCCCUCUUGUUCAUGUCAAGAACAUCUCUCGUCUAUCAGCUCCGAAACCUUUGUGGCAAGAGCAUGCUCGAUAAAGAGUACUCCAAGGCGUGCGAUAGCGGCGAGGGCGUGAGCGUAGGUUUUCAGGUGUACGAGAGAUACUUACAUACCGAGUAUUCAUCCAUGUUAGUGGUGUAGGUGCGGGUGCGGAUGACGGCGUCUUCGGAUUGGGAGUAGAUGGUGUGUGGUCAACACCACGCCUCUUUGGCAAUGGCAUCCUGGCAGUACUCAUCACACGGCACCAAUCUCGGUGGCCAGCCAUGUACCAGCGCUAGCUGGCCAGAAUUGCCAUUGUACUCAGAUAUUUUGACAUGCCGCUAGCCGGAGCAUGAGCCCGUUGCGAGUUUGGUGGUGAGGCGUUGGUUUCUAGACCAAGACACAGCGAGGCGAGAAGACCAGCUCCAGUUGAGCUACUACAACUAGUCUCAAAGAUAGAUUGAAGACUAAUGCUCAAGCGUUGACCAGUUCAAGGGUU